UCUUUAGCUUUUCUAGCUAUUUUGAUCAACUGUUACGGCCACGUGGGUCAGAUGAAUUGUGCUUUCUCCGUAUUGGGGAAGAUUUUUAAGAUGGGUUUUCAACCGAAUACUAUAACUUUAACUACACUAUUGAAGGGACUCUGUAUCAACAACAUGAUUGGGGAAGCAUUGGAUUUCCACGAUGAGGUAAUUGCAAAAGGAUAUUUUUUGGAUGAAAUUAGUUACGGCAUAAUAAUCAAUGGAUUAUGUAAGGUGGGGAAAACCAGAUGUGCUGUCAAAUUACUCCAGAAGCUGCCUGGACUUGGAAUGAAGGCUGACGUAGUUAUGUACAGCACAGUCAUGGAUGGUCUUUGUAAAGAGGGAUUUGUGAGAGAGGCACUUGAUUUGUUCUCAGAAAUGAUUGACAAUGGAAUAUUUCCCGAUACUAUCACAUACACCACUCUCGUGGAUGGAUUCUGCAAAAUCCAGCAAUGGGAAGAAGUUACUGAAUUGCUCAAUGAUAUGUUUCGAAGAGGUAUCAACAUGGAUGUGACCACCCUUACUACAUUCGUGGAUGCAUUUUGUAAAGAAGGAAGGAUCAUAGAAAGUCAAGUUAUGUUUGCCAAAAUCAUGAAGUAUGGUCAUAAGCCUGAUGUCAUUUCCUACAACAGCUUAAUGAGUGGAUAUUGUAAGGUCAACUAUGUAAAGGAAGCAAUUGAAGUAUUUAAUAAAAUGACUAAAAAUGGUUUGAGACCAGAUGUGUUGAGUUAUAACAUUUUGAUUGAUGGGUGUUGUAAGAAUAAAAGAUUGGAUGAGGCCAUGUAUCUCUUUAAGAAAAUGCGUUCAAGAAAUUUGGUUCCCAGCACAGCAAGUUAUAAUUGUCUGAUUGACGGCUUGUGCAAAGCAGGAAGAAUCUCAUUUGCUCGUGAUCUUCUUGAUGAGAUGCAUCACAGAGGUCAUCCUCCUAAUAUAAUCACUUAUAAUAUCUUGAUACAUGCACUAUGUAAAAGGCAGGAUAUUGAUCGAGGAAUUGCAUUAUUUCAACAUCUUGUCGAAAAGAAUAUUCAACCUACGGUUCGCACUUACAAUAUUCUCAUGGAUGGCUUGUGCAGUAGUGGAAGAUUAAAUAAGGCAAGAGAGAUUUUUCAAUAUCUUUUGAUGGAAGGUCGGCAUCUAAAUGCUGUGUCCUAUACUAUUAUGAUCAAAGGACUUUGUAAAGAGGGUUUGUUUGACGAGGCAAAGGCCCUCCUUGACAAUAAAAUGGAAGACACCGACUACGUCCUAGACACGACAACUUUUACAGUUAUUAUUGGACAUCUUCUUGAUAAAAAUGAGGAUGAUGAGGCAGAGAAGCUUCUUCGUAAGAUGAUUUCUAAGGGUCGUUAAAAUGAAACAGGGUGCAACAGGUUGCACAAACGUACUUGAGUUUCUGAAU